AUGGCUGGAACUAAAAGAUCCAGAGACGGCCAGGUCAUCAGCCACGAAACAAAAUCGAUCGCCAUGGCAAACAGCAACAAGGUAGAGACUGUCGUCGCAGAACCAUCGACCCCGCUGCAGUCGAUAUUCGAGAACUUUCGCAACGAGCUGGAUGAGCAUCAUGAUAGACGCGAGAGGGUCAUAAAAACGUCGCGGGAUAUUACUGCGUUGAGUAAGAAGAUUAUCUUUUCCCUCCAGAGACUUCGCAGCAUAAACGCCCCCAUCCCUCCAUCCAUCGCUAAAGAAAACAAGACCCGCUUCGACCAGAUCAUCGAACUCUUCCGUACCAUCGUGCCCGACGUGUCCGGGAUAAACGCCUGGCGAUACCAGCGACAGAUCAGCGGCGGAAUUCAGGAAUUCAUCGAAGCUGUAUCCUUCCAGCACUAUGUGCAGACGGAGACGCUGAUCUCACGAGAUGAAGUGGCCGCCCAGCUCCCGUCGGAAAUCUUGGUCACAGAAGAAGAUUACCUGAUGGGGUUAUUUGACCUAACAGGAGAGAUCAUGCGGUUUGCAGUCACGACCUUGUCAACUGGAGGCGUGCAGAAGCAACAGAAACAAAAACCAACUUCCGACGCCGACCAACCCAUAUCAAAUGUGGAUGGCGCAGCUGAGUCCAAAUCCUCUGAGGAAAGCCGAUCCACAACUACAACCACGGUAACAACCACUCAAGAAAUCCCAAUCCUCCCCGCCCAGCAGGCCAAUAUCGUCGUCGACCUACGCGAGAUCCGCUCGCUGUUCGAAUCGCUCAACGUGCCGCGUCGGCACAACAUGCUGCGCGACAUGUACAAGAAAGUGGAAGUGAUGCAGAACAGCGUGGAGAAAGUCGAGCGCGCUGCCUAUGGAAUCCUCGUACGUGGCAGCGAGAAGCCUAAGGGAUGGGUGCCUGAUCUGUCAGGCGGUGCGACUGAGGUGGAGAGUUUCUAG